CGCCAUCUUCCCCUCACGCCCCGCUGGUGACGGCGCGAACGGGCCGCCGGGCCCCUCAGAAUAACUGGAAGAUGAUUGAGGGCACAUCAGAAAUGGAACCACUAGGUACUGACCGGGCCCCGAGUCCCCCGUGGGGUCUGUGUAGGCGGAACUCCGGAGUGGCCUCAGGGCAGGCCCAAGAGUCAUAUGCUGCCAUCAUGACGGCUGAAGAAACAGUGAAUGUUAAAGAAGCUGAAAUAAUUAAACUAAUACUAGAUUUUCUGAACUCAAGGAAACUUCAUAUCAGUAUGCUGGCACUUGAGAAAGAAAGUGGGGUCAUUAAUGGCUUGUUUUCAGAUGACAUGCUUUUUCUAAGGCAAUUGAUUCUUGAUGGUCAGUGGGAUGAGGUUCUUCAAUUUAUUCAGCCUCUUGAAUGUAUGGAAAAAUUCGACAAGAAAAGAUUUCGUUACAUUAUAAUGAAGCAGAAGUUCUUGGAAGCCUUAUGUGUAAACAAUGCGAUGUCAGCAGAAGAUGAGCCUCAGCAUCUGGAAUUUACAAUGCGAGAGGCUGUACAGUGCCUACAUGCGUUGGAAGAAUAUUGUCCAUCUAAGGAAGACUAUAGUAAACUCUGCUUGCUACUGACGCUGCCUCGCUUGACCAACCACGCAGAAUUCAAGGACUGGAAUCCCAGCACUGCACGGGUUCACUGCUUUGAAGAAGCCUGCAUCAUGGUGGCAGAGUUUAUUCCUGCCGAUAGGAAACUGAGUGAGGCUGGCUUCAAAGCAAGUAACAAUCGUUUAUUUCAGCUUGUAAUGAAGGGGUUACUUUAUGAAUGUUGUGUGGAAUUCUGUCAGAGUAAAGCAACAGGAGAAGAAAUCACAGAAAGUGAAGUAUUGCUGGGUAUUGAUCUCUUGUGUGGUAAUGGAUGUGAUGACUUGGACCUUAGCUUAUUAUCAUGGCUGCAGAAUCUGCCAGCUACUGUUUUCUCUUGUGCUUUUGAACAAAAGAUGCUUAAUAUUCAUGUUGAUAAACUCCUCAAGCCUACAAAAGCUGCAUAUGCUGAUCUUUUGACACCUCUUAUCAGCAAACUUUCUCCUUAUCCAUCAUCCCCAAUGAGACGGCCUCAGUCAGCAGAUGCUUACAUGACCCGCUCCCUAAACCCUGCCUUAGAUGGGCUGUCAUGUGGAUUAACAAAUCACGAUAAGCGAGUCACAGACCUUGGGACCAAAACUUCUCCAAUGUCGCACUCCUUUGCUAAUUUCCAUUACCCAGGAGUACAGAAUCUCAGCCGAAGUCUCAUGCUUGAGAAUACUGAGUGUCACAGCAUUUUUGAAGAGUCACCUGAGCGAAGUGAUACUCCUGUGGAGCCACAGCAUCCCAUCAGCAGUGAGACUUUGUGCCAGAGUUCAGUUCCAGAAAAUGAACCACUUAAUGGAGCACAGAGUCAGGGAUCAGCCAAACAAGAGAAAAAUGAGCUUCGUGAUUCAACAGAGCAGUUUCAGGAAUAUUACAGACAAAGACUACGUUACCAGCAGCACUUAGAACAGAAAGAGCAACAACGACAGUUGUACCAGCAAAUGUUGUUGGAAGGAGGUGUAAAUCAAGAAGAUGGAGCUGACCAGCAACAGAAUCUUACUGAACAGUUUCUUAACAGAUCUAUCCAGAAACUAGGAGAAUUAAAUAUAGGUAUGGACAGUCUUGGAAAUGAUGUACCAGCACUUAGCCAGCAAUGUAACGGGGGCAAAGGGAAUGCAUCUACCAAUCCAGCAAGUAACUUUACAUCACCACCUUCAGAUGCUAGUCAGAGGAUAACAACUGAUAGCCAAAAUGUUAAUACAAGCACUCCUCGAAAGCGUGGAUCAGCUAAUCAGAUACCCUUUCCUGAAGAGUCACCUGUACAGGGGACUCAAAUUGUAUCAGAACAUGCUGUCACUCAGCCACAGCUGGAAGACACUUCAGGGAAUUUAAGUAGGACAAGAGGCGAUGAGGAUGACAAAUCAAAAAAGCAGUUCAUUUGCAUUAAUACUCUAGAAGACACACAAGCUGUCAGAGCUGUAGCCUUUCAUCCCAGUGGGAGUUUAUAUGCUGUUGGCUCCAACUCUAAAACUUUGAGAGUUUGUGCCUAUCCAGAAGUAAUUGACCCAAGUGCUUAUAAUGCUCCUAAACAACCUGUAGUUCGCUUCAAAAGGAACAAGCAUCAUAAAGGAUCAAUCUACUGUGUAGCCUGGAGUCCCUGUGGACAGCUGUUAGCUACUGGUUCUAAUGAUAAAUACGUGAAAGUACUGCCUUUUAAUGCAGAAACUUGUAAUGCAACAGGACCAGAUUUGGAGUUCAGCAUGCACGAUGGGACAAUCAGAGACCUUGCUUUUAUGGAAGGCCCAGAAAGUGGUGGUGCUAUUUUAAUAAGUGCUGGAGCAGGGGACUGUAAUAUUUACACAACAGAUUGUCAGCGAGGACAAGGCCUGCAUGCUCUAAGUGGUCACACUGGUCAUAUUUUAGCACUUUAUACAUGGAGUGGCUGGAUGAUUGCAUCUGGAUCCCAAGACAAGACUGUAAGAUUCUGGGAUCUGAGAGUGCCAAGCUGUGUUCGUGUUGUGGGAACAACGUUUCAUGGAACAGGAAGUGCUGUAGCCUCAGUAGCUGUUGAUCCUAGUGGUCGUCUCCUGGCUACAGGACAAGAGGACUCUAGCUGUAUGUUGUACGAUAUUCGAGGAGGACGAAUGGUGCAGAGCUAUCAUCCUCAUUCCAGUGAUGUUCGUUCUGUUCGCUUCUCUCCAGGGGCACACUACUUGCUCACAGGAUCAUAUGAUAUGAAAAUAAAGGUGACAGACUUGCAAGGGGACCUCACGAAGCAGCUUCCUCUUAUGGUGGUGGGAGAGCACAAGGACAAAGUUAUUCAAUGCAGAUGGCAUACGCAAGAUCUUUCCUUCUUGUCAUCCUCUGCAGACAGAACUGUAACCCUUUGGACUUACAAUGGCUAGAGUGCAAACAAAGGCAACCUAUGCAGCUAAAGCACAGAGACCUGAGACUACAGAACUGUAAAAACAAAGUAAUAAUAACUAGGCAUUGAGAGAGCAGCAGUUGAGCAGGAGAGUGUCUUAGCGAGAGGAGGGGCACUCGUCACAGAUUUUUCUGGUUUCUAGGAGGUCUUGGUGUUUUUAGUAUAUUCUUUUGCAGUGCUUUCAGUCUUCCAUGUGAACUCAUGCUGCUGUGACCUAUUGUAGUCUUGUUGCCAAAGUCUGAGAGGAACUCUUAUGUUGUCGAUGUGCACUCAAAGUAACAUGAAUGACGUGUUUACAGUUUGGUAUUAAUUGCAUUCCUUGGUCUUUGCCUCAAUGAGAAUUUUAUAGAGAGACUUAAGUUGAACAACACUUUAAUCAAGUUUGUAUGUAACUAGUUACACACACACAUAAAAGAGAAACUACUUCCACUGUUUUUUCAGAUUUAUUAUAUUCAUGACUUCUCAACAAGAGGUCAAACUUUAUAACAUCUCCACAAUUUCAACUUUUUUAGUAAUAAAUUCUGAACUUUAAAGGUGACCAGGCAGUACUCACAUCUUGAUUAUGGUCCGUUAUAUAGUGUGGGGUUUCUUUUUUCUUCAUCUAAACUGGGGAAAAUGUUGCUGUUUUUACUACAUGACAUUGUUUUGAACAAGCUAACAUGUUGGAG